UCAAGAUGGCGUCGAGCGGAGAAGAUGGGGAGCACGAAUGGACAGCGGCAGUACGACCGCUUUUAUCGGCUUCUUACACCGCUUUUGAGACGAAGGAGCUACCCCAACUCGUUGGCUCUAUUAUCAACAGUGAAUCAGAGAUUCUUCACCAUGACAAACAGUAUGAGCCAUUCUACUCAUCAUUCGUGGCCCUCUCGGCACAUUACAUCACCACAGUGUGUGGACAAAUACCAAGGAACCAGCUGCAGUCAGUAGCCUCAGCAUGUAAAGUUCUGAUCGAAUUCUCUCUGCUGCGGCUGGAGAACCCAGACGAAGCAUGCGCCGUUUCGCAGAAACACCUGAUCCUCCUGAUAAAAGGACUCUGCACAGGCUGCAGCAGACUAGACCGCACAGAGAUCAUAACUUUCACUGCAAUGAUGAAGUCUGCCAAGUUGCCUCAAACUGUCAAGACCCUAUCAGACGUGGAGGACCAGAAGGAGCUUCCCAGUGUCCUGAAUCCAGAGCUCCGGCACAAGGAAGUGCAAAUGAACUUUUUCAACCAACUGACUUCAGUUUUUAACCCGGACCUGACGACCCUGCUGUCCUCUCCGUCGGCGUCACACACGCAGGCCGAGAGCGACUGUGACGAGCAAAUGACGACAGAUCAGGCCAUCCAGGCCAAAAUGAAGAACGCCUUUGUCUCUCAGAAUGUGUCCAGUUUACAGGAACUAGGUGGGUCAGAGAAGCUGCUGCGGGUGUGCCUCAACCUGCCCUACUUCCUCCGCUACAUCAACCGCUUCCAGGAUGCUGUAUCAGCCAACUCCUUCUUCAUCAUGCCCGCCACGGUGGCCGACGCCACCGCCGUUCGCAACGGGUUUCAUUCUUUAGUCAUUGACGUGACGAUGGCCCUGGACACACUCUCCCUUCCCGUCCUGGAGCCCCUGACGCCCGGCAGGCUACUGGAUAUGACCGUGCUGGCCCUGAGCUGUCUCUAUGCUGGUGUGAGCGUGGCUACCUGCAUGGCAAUCCUGCAGGUGGGCAGCGGCCUGCAACUCCGCUCAGCCUCCACCGGCAGUAAAGAGGAAGACUACGAGAACGACGCUGCCACCAUCGUGCAGAAAUGUUUGGAGAUCUAUGAAAUGAUUGGACAGGCCAUCAGUAACUCUCGCAGAGCUGGAGGAGAGCACUACCAGAACUUCCAGCUGCUGGGAGCCUGGUGCCUGCUGAACAGCCUGUAUCUGAUCCUCAACCUGAGCCCCACUGCCCUGGCCGACAAGGGCAAGGAGAAGGACCCGCUGGCCGCACUGCGCGUGAGGGACAUCGCCGCACGCACCAAGGAAGGCGCGGGCUCGCCCAAACUGGGCCCCGGCAAAGGGCACCAAGGGUUUGGAGUCCUUUCCGUCAUCCUGGCCAACCACGCCAUCAAACUACUUACCUCCCUGUUCCAAGACCUCCAGGUGGAAGCCCUUCACCGGGUAAGACCCACCACACAAACCGCCUGGGCCAGCGACGGGCCCCCAGCAGAGCUCAACAUCAUGGCUCAGAGCACAUCCAUCCAGAGAGUCCAGAGGCUCAUUGACUCUGUGCCGCUGACCAACCUGCUCUUCACCCUGCUCUCAACCUCCUACAAGAAGGCGUGCGUGCUCCAGCGUCAGAGGAAGGGCUCCGUCAGCAGCGACGCAAGCGCCUCCACAGACUCCAACACCUUCUACGAGGACGACUUCAGCAGUACGGAGGAGGACAGCAGCCAAGCAGAGAGAAGACAGGAGAACCCAAGUGCAGCUUGUGUCUCAGACGAUGACAGUGAGCCCAUCUUGGGCCUUUGGUUUGAGGAGACGAUCUCCCCCUCCAAAGAGAAGGUGGCGCCUCCACCUCCUCCACCACCCCCACCCCUGGAGACCUCUCCCCGUCUGAAGAGCCCCAGCAAGCACAACCCGAGCGAGAACGGCAACAUCCUGGCGGGCCGCAAAGACCCAGAGCUGUUCCUCGGCCUUGCCUCCAGCAUCCUGAACUUCAUCACCACCUCAAUGCUCAAGUCCAGGAACAACUUCAUCCGCAACUACCUGAGUGUGUCCCUGACGGAGCAGCACAUGGCCACGCUGGCCAGCAUCAUCAAGGACGUGGACAAAGACGUGAAAGGUUCCUCAGAUGAAGUGUUUUCUCUGGCCCUCUACCACUUCAACCACACACUUGUGACCUCAGACCUACCAUCUCCAGCCCUGCAGAGCAUACUGCUUCAACAGCUGGGGGUGGCCCCGUUCUCGGAGGGCCCCUGGCCCCUGUACAUCCACCCCCAGUCCCUUUCGGUGCUCUCCAGGCUGCUCCUGAUAUGGCAGCACAAAGCCACCCUGCAGGGCGAGCCUGACGUGCCCGAGUGCAUCAAAGUCUGGGAACGGUUCCUGGGAACCCUGAAGCAGCACACCAUCCAGGGCUCCAUCCCCGGCGACGAGGACCUCAACGUGGAGCACCUGCAGCUGCUGCUGCUCCUCUUCCACAACCUGUCGGAGGGAGGCCGCCACAUGGUGCUCACCCUAGUGGCCCAGGCCAUCGCCGAGGUGGCCCAGAGCGGAGAGACCCAGCUGAAGGCCGUGCCCCUCAACCUGGCCCGCCUGCUGCUGGUCCUCGACUACAUGCUGCACCACUACUCCAAGACACCCGUGUACCUGUUUGAACAGGUCCAGUACAACCUCCUGACCCCGCCCUCGUCCGGCCCCGGUUCGCCCCAGGACGGAAGCAAGCGGGGCAGCCUCCCUCUCUACUACGGCUUCAAGGAGGUGGAGGAGAACUGGUCCAAACACUGCUCUGCAGAUGCGACUCUACAGCCCAAGUUCUACUGCAUCCUCUCUCCUGAUGCCUCUGAGGACGACCUCAGCCGACUGGACAGCAAGGUGUUUGAGAAGCUGUUCAACAACGCAGUGAAAUACGACGAGCUGUAUUCCUCUCUCAUCUCUCUGCUGGCGGCCGGCUCUCAGUUCGACACAGCCCGGAGAGAGGAAAACAAAGCCAUCACACCCAUGGAGGCCUGCUCGCUGCAGUACUACUUCCUGGUCCUGUGGAGGAUCCUGGGGGUGCUGCCCCCGUCCAAGGCCUACGUGGAGCAGCUGAAGAGCGGCUGCAGCGACCCCAGCGAGAGCGACAUUCUCCACACCCUCCGCUGGUCCUCCCGCCUCCGCGUGCCCACCUACGUCACAUGGAUCAAGGAUCACUUGGUCAAGCAGGGGUUGAAGGCUGACCAGGCCUCCCCCCUGGUUGAGCUGACAGCAGCCAGGUGCAGCACGGUCAAAUAUGACGUGGAACUGGCGGAGGAAUACAUCGCAAGACAGAUCUCUGCGUUCUCCGCCGUGGACCCCAGCGCCAUCCUGCCACUGCACCAGGUGCUCUCCCUGCAGGCCAUCUACACCCUGGACGCCGUCAUCUCCAAGGUCCAGGUGUCCCUGGACGACCACCUGUCCAAGGUCGCCAUGGAGACGGACGCCAACCAGUCCUCCCAGGUCACCAAAAACUUGCUGCCCGCCACCCUUCAGCUCAUCGACGUUUACACGGCGUUCACCAGGUCUUACCUGUUGAUGAGCCUCCCGGAGGAAGGAGACAACAAGCUGACAGACGCCAAGCUCCAGGGUUACGCCGCGGUGCUCUCCAUCGGCUCCACUCGCUGCAAGGCCAACACCCUCGGCAACACUAUUAUGCAGAACCUGCCGUCGGCUGUGCAGACCCUCUGUGAGACCUGGAACAACAUACACACCAAUGAGUUCCCCAACAUUGGCUCUUGGCGCAAUGCCUUCGCCAACGACACCAUCCCCUCUGAGAGCUACAUCAGCGCCAUCCAGGCAGCCCACCUCGGCACACUGAGCUGCCAGUCCCUGGCUCUGGCCCCCUCCCUCAAGCACAUCCUGCUGUCCCUGGUGCGCCUCACUGGGGACCUGAUUGUCACGGAGGAGCUGAACCCCGCCCACGUGGAGCGCUCCCUGCUGCCCCUGCUGCUGGAGAGCAGCACGGAGAGCGUGGCCGAGCUCAGCAGCACCUCGCUGGAGCGCAUCCUGGGGCCCGCCGAGUCGGACGCCUUCCUGGCCCGCAUCUACCAGCGCCUGGUCACCGGCUGCUACAACAUCAUCGCCCACCACUCCGACCCCAACAGUGGUCUGGAUGAGUCUGUGCUGGAAGAAUGCCUGCAGUACCUGGAGAAACAGCUGGAGAACAGCCAGGUCCGCAAGGCCAUGGAAGAAUUCUUCUCCUUCAGCGGGGAACUCGUCCAAAUCAUGAUGGCAACGGCCAAUGAAAACCUGUCCGCCAAGUUCUGCAACCGGGUGCUCAAGUUCUUCACCAAGCUGUUUACGCUCACGGAGAAGAGCCCCAACCCCAGCCUGCUGGUGCUGUGCGGCUCCCUGGCCCAGCUGGCCUGCGUGGAGCCGGCCCGCCUGCAGGCCUGGCUGACCCGCAUGACGGCCACGCCCCCCAAGGACUCGGAGCACCUGGACGUGGUGCAGGAGAACCGGCAGCUGCUGCAGCUGCUCACCACGCACAUCGUGCGCGACAACAGCCAGGUGGGCGAGGGCGUGUGCACCGUGCUCCUCAGCACACUCAUCCCCAUGGCCACGGAGAUGCUGGCCACCGGCGACGGCACCGGCUUCCCCGAGCUCAUGGUCAUCAUGGCCACGCUGGCCGGCGCCGGCCAGGGGGCGGGGCAUCUGCAGCUGCACCGCGCUGCCACCGAUUGGCUGACCAGAUGCAAGAAGUACCUGACUCAGAAGGAUGUUGUGGAAAAAGUGAGCUCUAAUUUGACCCAGGGCAAGCACGCCAGUAUGCUGGAGUGCUCCUGCCACAUCAUCUCCUACCUGGCGGACGUGAUGAACGCCCUCAGGCUGACCAGCGGCCAGAGCUCCUCGGCCCUGCUGGUGGACGGCGAGGAGAAGGCCAUGGAGGUGGACUCGGACUGGGUGGAGGACCUGGCCGUGGAGGACGACGACUCCCAGGCAGAGGACUCUGAUGAAGACUCUCUUUGCAAUAAACUCUGUACCUUCACCAUCACACAGAAGGAGUUCAUGAACCAGCACUGGUACCACUGUCACACCUGUAAGAUGGUGGACGGGGUGGGUGUGUGCACAGUGUGCGCCAAGGUCUGCCACAAAGACCACGAGAUCUCCUACGCCAAGUACGGCUCCUUCUUCUGCGACUGCGGCGCCAAGGAGGAUGGCAGCUGCCAGGUGAGACCGAAUACCUCAGGUCACCAUGGGAAGAGGACAACAGCGGCCCUGGUGAAGCGGAGCCCUAGCAGCGGCAUGGGCUCCACGCUGAAGGAGUCGUCGGCCUUCCAGAGCGAGACGCGCACGCCGGACAGCGCCCUGCGCCACCAGAGCGCCUCCCCCUCCGACAAGAGCAAGGCCUCCUCCGGCGACGGCAAGGGGCUGGACGAGGACCGGCCCAAGAAGAGCAGCGUCUGCCGGAGCAUCGAGGGCUGUCAGGAGGAGCUCCUGGCCCAAGUGGUGGGGUCGUCCACAGCAGCGCUGAUCCUAGAGAUGCUCAUCUUCCUCAUGGACGCCAUCCAGACCAACUUCCAGCAGGCCUCCGCCGUGGGCAGCAGCAGCCGGGCCCAGCAGGCCCUCAACGAGCUGCACACCCAGGACAAGAACGUGUCCAUGACCGACCAGCUCAUGGUGCCCACCCUGGGGUCCCAGGAGGGCGCCUUCGAGAACGUGCGCAUGAAUUACAGCGGGGACCAGGGCCAGACCAUCCGCCAGCUGAUCAGCGCCCAUGUGCUGCGUCGCGUGGCCAUGUGUGUGCUCUCUUCCCCCCACGGGCGGCGCCAGCACCUGGCCGUCAGCCACGAGAAGGGCAAGAUCACAGUGCUGCAGCUGUCUGCGCUCCUCAAGCAGGCUGACUCCAGCAAGAGGAAGCUGACCCUGACCCGGCUGGCCUCCGCCCCGGUCCCCUUCACCGUGCUCAGCCUCACAGGGAACCCCUGCAACGAGGACUACCUGGCUGUGUGCGGCCUCAAGGACUGCCACGUGCUGACGUUCAGCAGUACCGGCUCUGUGUCGGACCACCUGGUCCUCCACCCACAGCUGGCCACCGGUAACUUCAUCAUCAAGGCCAUCUGGCUGCCGGGCUCCCAGACGGAGCUCGCCAUCAUCACCGCCGACUUUGUGAAGAUCUACGACCUGUCGUCGGACGCCCUCAGUCCCAUGUACUACUUCCUGCUGCCCAGCUCCAAGAUCCGCGACGCCACCUUCCUCUUCAACGAGGAGGGCAAGAACAUCAUCGCCAUCAUGUCGUCGGCGGGCUACAUGUACACCCAGGUGAUGGAGGAGUCCAGCAGCGCCCAGCACGGCCCCUUCUACGUCACCAACGUUCUGGAGAUCAGCCACGAUGACCUCAAGGACACCAACGGGCAGGUGGCGGGCGGCGGUGUGUCUGUGUACUACUCUCACGUGCUGCAGAUGCUGUUCUUCAGUUACAGCCAGGGCAAGUCCUUCGCUGCCACCGUGAGCCGCAGCACCACGGAGGUCCAGAGGCUCUUCACCAUCAACAUCAAAGGGUCCAACGGGGGGAGCAGCAAGGUGUCCCCGGCCCUGUGCCAGUGGUCCGAGGUGAUGAACCACCCGGGUCUGGUGUGCUGCGUGCAGCAGACCACCGGGAUCCCUCUGGUGAUCAUGGUGAAGCCGGACACCUUCCUCAUCCAGGAGAUCAAGACCCUGCCGGCCAAGGCCAAGAUCCAGGACAUGGUGGCCAUCCGCCACACGGCCAGCAGCGAGCAGCAGCGCACAACCAUGAUCCUGUUGUGUGAGGACGGCAGCCUGCGCAUCUACAUGGCCAACGUGGACAACACCUCCUACUGGCUGCAGCCCUCCCUGCAGCCCAGCUGUGGCGUCAGCAUCAUGAAGCCUGUCCGCAAGCGCAAGGCCGCCGCCGCCACAACACGGACCUCCAGCCUGGUGACGUUCCCCGUGGACUUCUUUGAACACAACCAGCAGCUGACAGAGGUGGAGUUCGGAGGCAACGACCUGCUGCAGGUGUACAACGGACAGCAGAUCAAACACCGACUCAACUCCACCGGGAUGUACGUGGCCAACACCAAGCCCGGAGGCUUCACAGUGGAGGCAGUGAACAACAACAGCUCCAUGGUGAUGACGGGCAUGCGGGUGCAGCUGGGCAGCCAGGCCAUCGAGCGCGCGCCCUCCUACCUGGAGAUCUUCGGCCGCACCAUGCAGGUCAACCUGACGCGAGCCCGCUGGUUCGAUUUCCCCUUCACCCGGGAGGAGGCCCUGCAGGCCGACAAGAAGCUCUGCAUCUUCAUCGGAGCCUCGGUCGACCCCGCAGGCGUCACCAUGCUGGACUCCAUCAAGGUCUACGGCAAGACCAAGGAGCAGUUCGGCUGGCCGGAGGAGCCCCCGGAGGACUUCUCCUCCCCCGCCUCCGCCAACAACGUCUGCAGCCCCAACCUCAACCAGGGCAACGGGGCCUCGGACGGAGACGUGGUCACACCCACCGCCACCAGCGGCACCGUGCUGGAGAGUUGUGAAACUGAGUCCUUAUCCACCUUGGACCGGUUGGUGGUGAGCUCGCUGGAAGCCCUGGAGAGCUGCUUCGCUGUGGGCUCGUCCAAUGAAAAGGAGAAGAACAAGGCAGCAGCGUUGGAGCUGGCCACCCUGCUGCUGUCCAUGCCCACCCCCGCUGGCGUGCAGCAGCAGACCAAGGGGCUGCUGGCCAGCCUGCACACCAACCGCACCGCCUACCACAACCACAAGGACCAGUCGUUGCUAGGCAACGCUGUGCAGUGUCUGAACGGCUGCAGCCGCGAGGGCAGGGAGCUGGACCCGGAUGUGUUCCAGAGGUUGGUGAUCACGGCCCGCUCCAUAGCCAUCAUGAGACCCAGCAACCUGGUCCACUUCACCGAGACCAAACCACUGCAGGAGGCCGAUAUGGCAGAAGAUGCACAGAAGUUGAUGGAUGGAGAGAGUGAUAACUUCAUCAUGCAACUGGUGAACAACUUCUGGAAACUCCACGCACUCAAACCCAAGAACGCCUUCCUGGCUCCCGCCUGCUUGCCCGGCCUGACUCACAUUGAAGCCACAGUGAACGCCUUGGUGGACAUCAUCCAUGGCUAUUGCACAUGUGAACUGGACUACAUCAAUGUGGCCUCCAAGAUCUACAUGCAGAUGUUGCUGUGUCCGGACACCUCUGUUAGCUUUGCGUGCAAGCAGGCGCUGGUUCGAGUCCUGCGCCCGAGGAACAAGCGUCGCCACGUGACCCUCCCCUCUCCUCCACGCUCCAACACGCCCAUGGGAGACAAAGACUACGACGAUGACGACGAUCCCGAUGACAAGAUCCAGUCGUCGGUUCUGACCGGAGGCAGCGAGGGCAGGAGAGAGAGCCAGGAGCAGAACGAGGUGGACCACGGAGACUUCGAGAUGGUGUCUGAGUCCAUGGUGCUGGAGACGGCUGAGAACGUGAACAACGGGAACCCGUCCCCCCUGGAGGCUCUGCUGGCCGGCGCCGAGGGCUUCCCCCCCAUGCUGGACAUCCCCCCGGACGCGGACGACGAGACCAUGGUGGAGCUGGCCAUAGCCCUCAGCCUGCAGCAGGACCAGCAAGGUGUGCAUGGGAGCAGCAGCAGUGCCCUGGGCCUCCAGAGUCUGGGUCUCUCCGGCCAGGCCCCCAGCUCCUCAUCACUGGAUGCAGGCACCCUGUCAGACACCACCGCCUCAGCCCCGGCGUCGGACGACGAGGGCAGCACGGCCGCCACGGACGGCUCCACGCUGAGGACCUCCCCUGCUGAGCACGGGGGCAGCGUGGGCUCGGAGAGCGGAGGGUCUGCCGUCGACUCGGUAGCUGGAGAGCACAGUGUGUCCGGCCGUAGCAGUGCGUACGGCGACCCCACCGUGGAGGGCCACCCCGCGGGGCCCGGCAGCGUGAGCUCCAGCACGGGGGCCAUCAGCACCACGGCCGCCCAGCAGGAGGGAGACGGCUCCGAGGGGGAGGUGGAGAACGAGGGAGACGUCACCACCAGCAACAGCAGGCUGCACAUGGUCCGCCUGAUGCUGCUGGAGCGUCUGCUGCAGCACCUACCCCAGCUGCACAACGUGGGCGGGGUGCGCGCCAUCCCCUACAUGCAGGUCAUCCUCAUGCUGACCUCCGACCUGGACGGAGAGGACGACAAGGACAAGGGGGCUCUGGACGACCUGCUGGCCCUGCUCAUCGCCGAGCUCGGCAUGCACAAAAAGGACGUGUCCAAGAAGAACGAGCGCAGCGCCAUCAACGAGGUCCACCUGGUCAUCAUGAGGCUCCUCAGUGUGUUCAUGUCUCGCACCAAGUCUGGCUCCAAGGCCUCCUCUGAGUCGUCGUCUCUGAUCUCCAACGCCACGGCCACGGCCCUGCUCAGCCUGGGCUCCAUCGACUACUGCCUCCACGUGCUCAAGUCCCUGCUGGAGUUCUGGAAGAGCCAGCAGGGCGAGGAGGAGCCUGUGGCCGCCAGCCAGCUCCUGAGACCCCACACGGCCACCUCGCCCCCUGACAUGAGCCCCUUCUUCCUGCGACAAUACGUCAAGGGCCACGCGGCUGAUGUGUUUGAGGCGUACUCUCAGCUCCUGACGGAGAUGGUGCUCCGGCUGCCCUACCAGAUCAAGAAGAUCGCCGACACCAACCCCCGCAUCCCGGCCCCGGUCUUCGACCACUCCUGGUUCUACUUCCUGUCUGAGUACCUGAUGAUCCAGCAGACUCCCUUCGUGCGGAGGCAGGUGCGCAAGCUGCUGCUCUUCAUCUGCGGCUCCAAGGAGAAGUACCGGCAGCUGCGGGACCUGCACACGCUGGACUCCCACGUGCGCGCCAUCAAGAAGCUCCUGGAGGAGCAGGGCAUCUACCUGCGGGCCGGCGUGCUCACAGCCACCUCGGGCUCUGCCCUGCAGUACGACACGCUCAUCAGCCUGAUGGAGCACCUCAAGGCCUGCGCCGAGAUCGCCACUCAAAGGACCAUCAACUGGCAGAAGUUCUGCAUGAAGGAUGACUCCGUGCUGUACUUCCUGCUGCAGGUCAGCUUCCUGGUGGACGAGGGCGUGUCUCCGGUGCUCCUGCAGCUGCUAUCCUGCGCGCUGUGUGGCAGCAAGGUGCUCGCCACCUCCUCCUCCUCCUCCUCUUCCUCCUCAGGGGGAGGAGGAGGAGGGUCAGGGGGAGGUGGGGGGCCACCCGGAGGCUCCCAGCCCUCCCAGACCAAGUCCUCCAGCAAGAAGAGCAAGAAGGAGGACAAGGAGAAGGACAAGGACGGUGAAGGGGUGGGCAGCCAGGAGGACCAGCUGUGCAUGGCUCUGGUCAGCCAGCUCAACAAAUUCGCCGACAAGGAGACCCUGAUCCAGUUCCUACGCUGCUUCCUGCUGGAGUCCAACUCCUCGGCUGUGCGCUGGCAGGCCCACUGUCUGGCCCUGCACAUCUACAGGAACUCCAGUAAGUCUCAGCAGGAGCUGCUGCUGGAGCUGACCUGGGCCAUCUGGCCAGAGCUCCCCGCCUACGGCCGCAAAGCCGCCCAGUUUGUGGACCUGCUGGGAUACUUCUCCCUCAAGACGCCUCAGACCGAGAAGAAGCUUAAGGAAUAUUCCCAGAAAGCUGUGGAGAUCCUGAGGACACAGAACCACAUACUGACCAACCACCCCAACUCCAACAUCUACAACACUCUGUCUGGGUUGGUGGAGUUUGACGGGUUCUUCCUGGAGAGUGACCCCUGCCUGGUCUGCAACAACCCAGAAGUCCCCCUCUCUAACAUCAAGCUGUCCUCGAUCAAAGUGGACACGCGCUACACCACCACCCAGCAGGUGGUGAAGUUGAUCGGCAGCCACACCAUCAGCAAGGUGACGGUGAAGAUAGGGGACCUGAAGCGCACCAAGAUGGUCCGCACCAUCAACCUCUACUACAACAACAGGACGGUGCAGGCCAUCGUGGAGCUCAAGAACAAGCCGGCCCGCUGGCACAAGGCCAAGAAGGUGCAGCUGACCCCGGGCCAGACAGAGGUGAAGAUCGACCUGCCGCUGCCCAUCGUGGCGUCCAACCUGAUGAUCGAGUUCUCGGACUUCUACGAGAACUACCAGGCGUCCACGGAGACGCUGCAGUGCCCCCGCUGCAGCGCCUCCGUGCCGGCCAACCCGGGCGUGUGUGGGAACUGCGGGGAGAACGUGUACCAGUGCCACAAGUGCAGGUCCAUCAAUUACGACGAGAAGGACCCCUUCCUGUGCAACGCCUGUGGUUUCUGCAAAUACGCCCGCUUUGACUUCAUGCUGUACGCCAAACCCUGCUGCGCUGUGGAUCCCAUCGAGAACGAGGAGGACAGGAAGAAGGCUGUGACCAACAUCAACACUCUGCUGGAUAAGGCCGACCGGGUGUAUCACCAGCUGAUGGGCCACCGGCCCCAGCUGGAGAGCCUUCUGUCCAAGGUCAACGAGGCCGCACCAGAAAAACCUCAGGACGACUCUGGAGCCGGGGGGGGACUGGGGGCCACGUCGGCCAACGUCAACCGCUACAUCCAGCAGCUGGCCCAGGAGUACAGCGGAGACUGCAAGACCUCCUUCGACGAGCUCUCCAAGAUCAUACAGAAGGUCCUGGCGUCCCGUAAGGAGCUCCUGGAGUACGACCUCCAGCAGCGCGAGGCGGCCACCAAGUCGUCCCGCAGCAGCAGCGGCGGCAGCCAGCCCACCUUCACCGCCAGCCAGUACCGCGCCCUCUCCGUGCUGGGCUGCGGCCACACCUCCUCCAACAAGUGCUACGGCUGCGCCUCGGCCGUCACGGGCCACUGCAUCACGCUGCUGCGCGCCCUCGCCACCAACCCCGCCCUGCGGCAGAUCCUGGUCCUCCAGGGGCUGAUCCGGGAGCUGUUUGAGUACAACCUGCGGCGGGGCACGGCCUCCAUGCGGGAGGAGGUGCGGCAGCUGGUCUGCCUCCUCACCAGGGAUCACCCAGAAGCCACUCAGCAGAUGAAUGACCUCAUCAUCGCCAAAGUGUCUUCUGCCCUGAAAGGACACUGGGCAAAUCCAGAUCUGGUCAGUAAUCUGCAGUAUGAGAUGCUGCUGCUGACGGACUCCAUCUCUAAAGAGGGCGGAUGCUGGGAGCUCAGGCUGCGUUGUGCCCUCAGUCUGUUCCUCAUGUCUGUGAACAUCAAGACGCCCGUGGUGGUUGAGAACAUCACCCUGAUGUGUCUCAGGAUCCUGCAGAAGCUCAUCAAGCCCCCUGCUCCCACCAGCAAGAAGAACAAGGAUGCUGCAGUGGAGUCUCUGACCACAGUGAAGCCCUACAGCAAUGAGAUCCACGCCCAGGCCCAGCUCUGGCUCAAGAAGGACCCCAAAGCGUCCUACGAAGCCUGGAAGAAGUGCCUCCCAGCUCGUUGCCAGGAGGCGGUGUCCAAACCCCAGAGCAAGGUGGAGCUGCGGAGGCAGUACCUCCUGGAGAAGUACGUGUGGAAGUGGAAGCAGUUCAUGAGGGCCCGGACCGAGGGCCUGUUCCCCCGCCUGCUCAAACUCAGCCACAACAACUGGCUGCGACAGGUGCUCUUCACGCCUGCCACCCAAGCAGCGAGACAGGCCGCAUGUACCAUCGUGGAGGCCCUCACUACCAUACCCAGCCGCAAGCAGCAAGUCCUGGACCUGCUCACCAGCUACCUGGAUGAGCUGAGUGUGGCAGGGGAGUGUGCGGUGGAGUACCUGGGUCUGUACCAGAAGCUCAUCAAGCCUGCCCACUGGAAGGUGUACCUUGCUGCCCGUGGGGUCCUGCCCUACAUCGGCAACCUCAUCACCAAGGAGAUCGCCAACCUGCUGUCUCUGGAAGAAGCUACGCUGAGCACUGACCUCCAGCAAGGCUACGCCCUCAAGAGUUUGACAGGUCUGCUGUCGUCGUUUGUGGAGGUGGAUUCCAUCAAGCGGCACUUCAAGAGCCGCCUGGUGGGCACGGUGCUCAACGGCUACCUGUGCCUGAGGAAGCUGGUCGUCCAGCGCACCAAGCUCAUCGACGAGACCCAGGACAUGCUGCUGGAGAUGCUGGAGGACAUGACCACAGGAACGGAGUCUGAGACCAAGGCCUUCAUGGCGGUGUGCAUCGAGACCGCCAAGCGCUACGACCUGGACGACUACCGGACACCCGUGUUCAUCUUUGAGCGGCUGUGCAGCAUCAUCUACCCUGAGGAGAACGAGGUGACGGAGUUCUUCGUGACCCUGGAGAAGGACCCCCAGCAGGAGGACUUCUUGCAGGGCCGCAUGCCAGGGAACCCGUACAGCAGCAACGAGCCGGGCAUCAGGCCCCUGAUGAGGGACAUCAAGAACAAGAUCUGCCAGGACUGUGACCUGGUGGCCCUGCUGGAGGACGACAGUGGCAUGGAGCUUUUGGUGAACAACAAAAUCAUUAGCUUGGACCUGUCUGUCGCUGAGGUCUACAAGAAGGUGUGGUGCCCCACCAAUGAGGGUGAACCAAUGAGAAUCAUCUACCGCAUGAGAGGCCUUCUGGGUGACGCUACCGAGGAGUUCAUUGAGUCGCUGGACUCGACCACAGACGAAGAGGAGGAUGACGAGGAGGUGUACAAGAUGGCGGGUGUGAUGGCCCAGUGUCGGGGGCUGGAGUGUAUGCUGAACCGCCUGUCGGGAAUCAAAGACUUCAAACAAGGGAGGCACCUUCUCACCGUGCUGCUGAAGCUGUUCAGCUACUGUGUGAAGGUAAAGGUGAACCGACAGCAGCUGGUCAGACCAGAGAUGAACACACUCAACGUCAUGCUGGGAACGCUCAACCUGGCCCUGGUAGCGGAGCAGGAGAGCAAGGACAGCGGCGGGGCCUCCAUAGCGGAGCAGGUCCUGAGCAUCAUGGAGAUCAUCCUGGAUGAAGCCAACGCUGAGAUCUCAGAGGACAAGAGUAACCUGCUGCUGACGGGCGAUAAGGACCAGCUGGUGAUGCUGCUGGACCAGAUCAACACCCCCUUUGUGCGCUCCAACCCCAGCGUCCUGCAGGGCCUGCUGCGCAUCAUCCCCUACCUGUCCUUCGGAGAGCUGGAGAAGAUGAGAAUCCUGGUGGAGCGAUUCAAGCCCUGCUGCAGCUUCGACAAGUACGAUGAGGAGCACAGUGCGGACGACAAGGUAUUCCUCGACUGCUUCUGCAAGAUCGCUGCGGGAAUCAAGAACAACAGCAACGGCCAUCAGCUGAAGGACCUAAUUCUCCAGAAGGGGAUCAGCCAAAGUGCCCUGGACUACAUGAAGAAACACAUCCCUAAUGCCAAAAAUCUGGACGCUGACGUGUGGAAGAAGUUCCUCUCCAGACCAGCGCUGCCUUUCAUCUUGAGACUCCUCCGAGGGCUCGCUACCCAGCACCCCCCCACCCAGGCACUGAUCGGUACGGACUCCAUCACCAACCUCCACAAGCUGGAGCAGGUGUCGAGUGACGAGGGCAUCGGCACGCUGGCAGAGAACCUGCUGGAGGCACUGCGCGAGCACGCCAACGUCAACCUGAAGAUCGACGCCGCCCGCCGAGAGACCCGCGCCGAGAAGAAACGCAUGGCCAUGGCCAUGAGGCAGAAGGCCCUGGGCACGCUGGGCAUGACCACCAACGAGAAGGGUCAGGUGGUGACCAAGACUCCCCUGCUGAAGCAGAUGGAGGAGCUGAUCGAGGAGCCAGGGCUGACCUGCUGCAUCUGUAGAGAGGGCUAUAAGUUCCAGUCUACCAAGGUGCUGGGUAUCUACACCCACACCAAGCGGGUCACCCUGGAGGAGUUUGAGAAUAAGCCCAGGAAACAGCAGGGCUACAGCACCGUGUCGCACUUUAACAUAGUCCACUACGACUGUCACCUGGCUGCGGUCAGGCUGGCCCGUGGGAGAGAGGAGUGGGAGAGCGCUGCGCUCCAGAACGCCAACACCCGGUGUAACGGGCUGCUCCCGGUGUGGGGGCCACAGGUACCAGAGUCGGCCUUCGCUACCUGCUUAGCAAGGCACAACACGUACCUACAGGAGUGCACGGGCCAGCGGGAGCCCACCUACCAGCUCAACAUCCACGACACCAAGCUGCUGUUCCUGCGCUUCGCCACGGAGCAGUCCUUCAGCGUGGACUCGGGCGGAGGCGGGCGCGAGAGCAACAUCCACCUCAUCCCCUACAUCCUCCACACGGUGCUCUACGUCCUCAACACCACGAGGGCCACGUCGCGGGAGGAGAAGAACCUGCAGAGCUUCCAGGAGCAGCCGUGUGAGAAGUGGGUGGAGAGCUCCUACGAGGUGGACGGCCCGCACUACUUCUGCAUCCUGGCCAUGCACGUGCUGCCCCCCGAGCGCUGGAGGUCCUGCCGCCUCCACUUCCUGCGCCGGCUCCUGAUCGCCGCGCACGCCCGCAAGCUGUCCCCCGCCCCCACCACCAAACUCUCGGAUAAAUCACCAAAGGAGUACGCCGUGUACCGCUCUCCUGUCCUCUUCUGGGGUCUGGUGGACCUGGUCUACGACAUGUUCAGGAAGGUACCCACCAGCAACACAGAGGGCGGCUGGUCCUUCUCCCUGGCCGAGUACGUGCGCCACAACGACAUGCCCAUCUACGAGGCCUCCGACCGCGUGCUCCGAACCUUCCAGGACGAACUCAUGCCCGCAGAGUCCUUCUCCGAAUUCCUGGACGUCGUAGGUCUGCUCACGGACAUCCCGGAACCGGAUCUCUUCCUGCAGGAUCUGUUGAACUCUGUGCCCUGAACAGCACCCACCCACCCACCACCCGACUUGUCUAAAAACCAACUUUACUAAUGACACCCGAGGACAGCUCUGACUCAGACACACAAACACACACAGACACAGACACAGACACAGACACAAACGCACGCACACACACACACACACGAAUACUGUGCUUCUCUCUCACUCUGUUGACCCCUGCUGAUUAAUUUAAAGCAGAAACUAUGUGUAGAACUAUGAAAUUCAUCCAUCUAUGGCAACCUUGAAGUCUAACGCGAUACUAAACCGUAACACAGAUCAGGGGCCCGAGCCCCCCCCCCCCCCCCCCCCCCUCCACAUGGCCACCAUGGCCCGUCAGACUGGAUGUUGUGAACAUGAUGCGGGCAGAUUUCCUUUCUUUCUCUGUGAGAUAAUCCAUAAAAACAUUAUUUAAUGUAAGCGAAGAAGAGACUUGAAUCGCAGGUCUCUGCAUAUUCUGGCCUUAUUUCUGUUUGCUUCACUACUCGCUGUUCAUAAACGGUCACCAUAUGGUGACUAUUACGGCACUUUCCGCAGUUCUGGCCCCGGAUGGAAAAUGUAAGCACUCAUGUUCACAACAUUCUCUUGGCAUUGGAUUACCACGCGUUGUAUUUCAGUGCGUUCGUCGUUGUUUUCGGGUGCAAUCUUUACGGUAACUUAAAAAAGGAAAAAAAAGACCAUUGCUUGGCGAUUUGACCACAUAUUUAGAGAGUGGCAUUUGUUUUAACCAUUUUUUUGUUUGGUUUGUAGAAGUUUGUUUUUGGUUUUGGUUCUGUUUUGUUUUUUCUUUUUAAUGGUGACGCGUCACGCGGCUGUGAUCGAAGUUUUCGUUUUAUUUUGUUUUGCAGUUGGUCUUUAUGUAGGUUCUAACUGGAAUGUGAAUGAUUGGCAGAUGAGUAACGUUUUGCUUGAGUGCAUGUGAAACGUGUCUUUUAUCGAUCGCAGAAGCGAAUGGAGCGAAAGAUGAAUAAAAGAGGGGUUUAAAUUUUUUUGUUUUCUCUAUUUUUUUUGUUGCGAAGAAGCCAUCUUUUGGUGACGGAGGAGCUUGUGAACGAUUCCAUCUCGUGCGAUGAAACAUCUGACCUGACUAAAAUGAAGAAUAAAUGGACCUGCGUUCUUUUCCUUUUAUUGUUUAGUUUGAAUAUUCCAACGACGGCCCACUGUCUCGAUCACUCUGCUAAUCGCAUUUUAUACUAAUGGAUCUACUACCAUGGUGACACUCCUGUCAGCCCCCCACCACACCACCCAGAGCAGGUUCCUCAUAAGCAAAGUGCCGCUGAGUUUGCACCGUCAGCGAAAAAUAAACGCUUUAGACGCCGGUUACAAAGUGGCGUCCCUGUACAUGUCCGAAUGCAUGGUGUGGAGUUCAGCCAGUUUCUUGUUCAUUUGCCUAUUUCCCGCUGCUAUAAUGUCCAACUGUCGCUGAAUGUGUGCUUUUUGGAUCUAGCCUAUGAUUAAUAAAGUCGUAAUAACUAUC